AUCACCAAUACUAAUUGCGUGGCUAUGCGUGUGUUUAAAAUAUAGUCUCGUUAUAUGGCUUCCAAUGAAGUCAUAACAAUGAUUAAUUAUGAAAACCCUACCGCUAAGAGUUUACCGCUAAAAUAUUUAAAAUUUCUUGCUGUUUCAGAAAAUAUUUAAGAUGGUUCUUCGUGGUAGAUAUUCUGACAGUAUUACCUAUAGGAGUAUUUGAUCUUCUUAUACCCAGCGCAGUAUGGUAUUGUUCCACGUUCAACAUGAUGAAGAUCCUGCGUGUCCGUAAUAUCAUCGUUUAUUUUCGACGUCUUCACGACGUGUACAGAAUAAGCUUCCAGGUGUAUAAAAUUCUAGAAACGGCUAUAGUUGUUACAAUAGGCGUUCAUUGGGCCGCUUGUAUGGAAUAUUAUGUCCCUCUUUCUGUCGAAAAGUUAGGCACGCUAAGCGAUAAGUCCUGGAUUAGAUCGCAGGAUUUUAUAAAGAAAUCGACGACGGUGAAGAAGUACUUGGUAUGUCUGAACCGUGCAAUUAUCGCAAUGGUUCGCUCUACUCAUUAUUCGACCAUGCAAACGAGGGAAGACAUUAUAUUGAACUUGAUAUUAACAGUUCUAGGAUUCAUUGGCAUUAUAUAUUUAUUAACACAGUUCUUUCAACUACUUACAACGUUUCAUAUAACUAUCAAGCGUCAUUUGAAGAUAAUACAACAGUUGCAGGAAUACAUGCGAUACAAGGAGUUGCCGUACUUUUUGCAACGUCGUUUAUUAAUAUUUUACCACUAUCGUAACAAGAGGGGUUUCGAGAGGGACAAAAAGAUUAUAAACGAAGUUUCACCUUAUUUGCGAGAGGAACUGAUUCUGCAUAAUUACUUGAGGCUGAUCAGCAGCGUGAAACUAUUUAAUCAUUUACCGAAAUCUGUGAUGGCACAAUUAACCGGCGCACUGCGUUCCGAGAUUUUCAUGACGGGCGACGAAAUCGUUAAAGCUGGCACGCGUGGCGAGGCUUUGUACUUUAUUUCUUCCGGCACCGUGGCAGUCUACAACUCUACGGGCAAAGAAGUUUGUCACUUGGAGGACGGUACUUACUUCGGUGAAAUCGCUCUGGUGAUGGAAAGCGAGCAUAGAAUCGCUACAGUUAUCGCGGUGGAGACCUGCGAGAUCUGCUUAUUGCAUCGAGAUGAUUUCCGUCGAUUCAUAUCGCCGUAUCCGGACCUACUCAAUCGUUUGCAGAACGUGGCCUUUGAACAUCUGAAGUACACCCUUACUCUUGACGAAGCGUCGAAUCUAGAAACGUCCGUCAUGCCACAAUAUAUUAACAUAAGCAGCAUCAAGAGCAAGCGAAACAUUACUCCGAGUAAAAUGUGAUGGCAAUCUUAAUGUUAUUAAGAUGAAUGUUAUUUUUCAGAAUAGGUUUUGUAAAAUAAAUCUU